AUUAAAAAAAAAAACUUAUCUAUAACACGUGACAGUUGAUGAUUGGAUAGUGAAAUCCCAUGACAGUGAGAGUGAGAAGCAAAUCCUAUUUUAUCAUUUUCAAAACUAAUUAGCCUCAUUGCUCACUUUCUCUUCCCUUCACUGUUCCUCUUCUUCUUCAAAAUUCAUUAAAUUGAUUUUUCAGAUUUCUUUUGUCUCAGAUUUUCUACCAAUCACAGGUUUAGUUUUUUAAAACUCAAAAGCAAUUUAGAUAUUGAACCAAUCAAAAUAUAUCAAUCAGGCCCUAAUCUUCUGCGACGGACACGAGGGUCUCCCUCCUCUCUCCUGGUUCCCCAAGGAAGAAAUCCCAAAAUUUAUUAACAUUAAAUUUGAUGGAAACCAUUGUUGCUUUCUCAAAUGCCAAUCGACCCCAUGCUCAGCCACUAGCUGGGCUUUUCAAACCGCUCCCUUCUUCUUACUUCUCGUUUUUUGCUUCAACAUCCUCUCAGUGUCAAACUUUCUUCAACAAACGGAGUAUAUCAUUAUCAUUGUCAUCACUGACGAUGGCCACGCCUCUUCAAGCCUCUGCAUCUUCCACCAUUGGUGCAACAAAUGACGAAUUGAAGGUUUCUUCUGCUCGUUUGGUUGGAGAGAACGACUUGUUGAUUGUUGGGCCAGGUGUUCUUGGUCGCUUAGUAGCUCAGAAAUGGCGGGAGGACCAUCCAGGUUGCCAAAUAUAUGGGCAAACUGUGACCACUGAUCAUCAUGAAGAGUUGAUUGAGAUGGGCAUUAAUCCUUCUUUGAAGGGUAUGAAUUCGUCCAACAAAUUUCCUUAUGUUAUAUUUUGUGCUCCUCCCUCUCGUUCUGCGGAUUAUGCUGGUGAUGUUAGGGAAGCUGGAUUGAGCUGGAACGGUGAAGGUUCUUUUUUGUUUACGUCAAGCUCUGCACCAUAUGAUUGCAAUGACAAUGGACCGUGCGAUGAGGACACUCCAGUGGUACCAGUAGGGAGAAGCCCUAGGACAGAUGUCCUCUUAAAGGCAGAAAAAGUUGUACUGGAGUUUGGUGGCUGUGUUAUUAGAUUGGCAGGGCUUUACAAAGCAGAUAGAGGUGCACAUUCUUAUUGGUUAAGCAAGGGAACUGUUGAUGUUCGUCCAGAUCACAUUUUGAAUCUAAUACAUUAUGAGGAUGCAGCUUCCCUCUGUAUUGCAAUCUUGAAGAAGAGACUACGUGGCAGAAUUUUCUUGGGUUGCGAUAAUCAUCCUUUAUCCAGGCAAGAAAUAAUGGAUUUGGUUAAUCAAAGUGGAAAAUUCAGCAAAAAGUUCGAGGCAUUUACAGGAACAAGUGAUCCUUUGGGUAAGAAAUUAAACAACUCGAAAACUCGUCUGGAAAUAGGCUGGGAGCCAAAAUACCCCAGUUUCGCUCAGUUCCUGGAGACCCUUUGAAACACUUAAGCCCGAUAUUCGGUCAAGUUGGAUACUUUUAAACAUAGUUGGCCUAGUAGGUAAUGAUUCAGCAUGGAUCUGCGAAAUCUCUUACAUUGAUUGACCUUCUGUUAAUACUUGUUUCAGUGCUCUCACAAAUGACUUCAACAAUUGUUAUACUAAAAAUUGAGUUACUUAUGUGAACAUUUUUCUGUGUCUAUGUGUACAUGACAUGAAACUAACAUCUCUUGUUUCAAAAGUCUUUAAAUCUUGAGGUAUUCUCAUACAUGUAAA